AUGAGCUUAGAUUCAAUCUCUUCAAGUUCUUCAAGCUCUUCCUCCUCAAGUAUAACUGAUAAAAUUUAUGAUCACAUGGUCAUGAAUUUUAUAAAUGAGAGUCAACGUUUAGUUGCGAUGCAAAAUUCAGUGCUUAAUUCAUUACAACCUGAAAAGCAAAAACAUCCGAGAAAACAAAGGGUAACUGUGCCUAGAAAUCGUGAAGCGGCUCACGACAAUCUAGUUGCAGAUUACUUUAGUAAUCAACCGGUAUACAAUGAUACCGUAUUUCGAAGGAGGUUUCGUAUGAGGAGACCCCUGUUCCUUCGCAUUGUGGACACAUUAAGUGCAAGUAAUCGCUAUUUCCAACAACGUCCCGAUGCUACCAUGCGUCUUGGUGCUUCACCCCUUCAAAAAUGCACCGCGGCUAUACGUAUGUUAGCUUAUGGUUGUUCAGCUGAUCAAGUAGAUGAAUAUCUAAAGCUUGGUGAAAGUACUGCUAGAGAAUGUCUUUCACAAUUUGUCGAUGGAGUUAUUGCUCAGUUUGCAACUGAGUACCUCCACAAGCCAACAAUGGAAGAUAUCCAGCGUCUUCUAAGAGAAAGGGAGGAUAGAAACUUCCCCAGCAUGCUAGGAAGCAUUGAUUGCAUGCAUUGGGUAUGGAAAAAUUGUCCAGCUGGAUGGAAAGGAAUGUAUCAAGGCCGAUCUAAAACGGCCACUAUUAUCUUGGAAGCGGUUGCAUCUAGGGAUUUAUGGAUUUGGCACGCCUUCUUUGGGACUCCUGGGUCGUGCAAUGAUAUUAAUGUACUACAACGUUCUCCUGUGUUUGAUGAUAUAAUAAAUAAUCGUGCUCCACAAUUUCUGUUCACAGUUAAUGGAAACACUUACACAAAAGGAUACUAUCUCACCGAUGGGAUUUAUCCAAAGUGGUCGACAUUUAUAGAUGCGGUUACUGCCCCUCAAAUAGCUAAGGAUACGUUAUUUACUGAACGUCAAGAGAGUGCGAGAAAGGAUGUUGAGCGUGCUUUUGGUGUGUUACAAGCUCGUUUCGCAAUAAUCAGGAAGCCUGCUUUGGCAUGGAGUGUAGAUUUGUUGUGGAAAAUUAUGAUGACUUGCAUCAUUAUCCACAACAUGAUUGUUGAAGACGAGCGUGAUACAUAUUUAAAUUAUAAGGAUCCACUCGAGUUUGCCGAUGAAAAGCCUGAGAAUAUGCCGGGGUCGUCCUCAACUAGGAAUACAACAACAUUCACCGUAACUCCCGGACAGUAUGAUCCAGAUAAUUUCGGUAGAUUGAUAGCUUCGAGAGGGGAAAUUCGUGAUAGAGACGUCCAUAUGGCUUUGAAGAACGACUUGAUCGAGCAUUUAUGGGCACAGUCUAUGAGGUCCGAUGAAAAUUAA